CCAAAAAUGUUCUCUUUGUUAAUUCGAUCUUCUGAGGGAAGCAAACGUAUUUUACAAUGGCUCCUGUCAAGCUCACCUACUUCAAAGCAACUGGCAUUGGAGAGCACAUAAGAUACUUGCUUUCUUACGGUGGCGUUGAAUUUGAAGAUUUUCGCGUCUCUACAAAUAUGGACGAAUUUGCCAAAAUGAAAGACAAACUUCCAUUGGGUCAACUUCCCGUUCUCGAAAUUGAAGGCAAAAAACUUUUCCACGCGGUUUCAAUUGCCCGCUUUCUUGGAAAUAGAUUCAACCUGGUAGGUGAUGAUGAAUGGGACAGGGUGACUUGUGAUCUUGCUGCUGACACCAUUACCGAUUUGAGAAUGGCUCUUGCCCCGUUUGCUUAUGAAAAAAAUGAGGAGGUAAAGAAGCAGAAACGAGACGAGGCUUUGACCAAGGCAAAAUAUUUUGUUGACAAGCUCGAAGGAUUCCUCGCCAAAAAUGGGGGCCACUUUUUGAAGGAUGAGAAGUUGUCUUGGGCCGAUAUUAAGCUUGCAGCAAUUAUUCCCUACCUUAUCCACAUGACAGGAGGUGAAGAUAUUUUUGCAGAGGCCCCCAAAAUCAAAGCCCUGAAGGCUAAGGUCGAUGCUUUGCCAGCAAUCAGCAAGUAUUUGGCAAACAGGCCAAAUGAAGCAUUUUAAUUGUGCAACUUUAUUCAAUGAUAGCAUAAAGUUUAAUGUAAAAAUUGUAAGAUUUUUUCAUUUUUUUAUUAAGGACAAAUGUGCAAAAUAAAUCCAUUCAAUAAAAUAGCUUAGAAGAUG